UUGUACUAGUGAUCCCGCAAAUGAUUUAUUAUGGGGGAUUAUUCCAUCACAGAUUUCAGCACACUCAUGUUCUAGAAUAUUGGAACCGUGGUCCAAACAUUGCAAUAAUGGUAAAGAAGUGGGAAGUGAAUGUCAAAAAAAGAAUCGUUAUAAAAUACUUCUUAUGAAUCUUCCGGCCGAUAGUCGCGGUUAUUCCAGAGCGCCUGCCUUGAUGAAAGCUUUAAAAGUUAAGUUAUCCAUUCAAUUAAUAGGAGCAUAUUACCGUGCCCUGCGGUUGUUAUCGAGCAACUACGGUUGCAGAAGGCAAGAUGUUUUUUGCCCGAAGUGGGAAAAGUGGAACGAUAGAAGUCUUGAAGCUCAUAAGCCACAGGAAAAAUACGAUAGCAUUCUUUCUGAUGGUACGAUACUAUCAAAAGUAUUAUCUCAACUAGACGCCAUUGUUAGAGAUGACGAUUACGAUAAUGAAAGAAA